ACUGUCCUGGCAGGCCGGGGCGGCGGCUGCGGGGAGACGGUCCCCAGGGCCCAUCCCCUGCCCCUCGUCACCCCAGUCGUGCAGCAUGAGCAGCCCCGAGCCGCCCACAGAGACGCCUGGACGUGAGGCCCCCACCUGCUCGGCUCAGCCCACCUACAGCAACCUUGGUGAGGUCCGCGCCCACCUGCUGCCCUCCAAGGCCUGCCGGCCCCCCCGGAAAUCUGGGUCCCCCCUGGCUGACCCACAUCCCCUGCCCCCACCCCUGCCCAAGAAGACCCUGUCCAGGACCCAGUCGCUGCCCAUCCACGGGGUCCCCAGCCACACCCCUGCUCCGAAAGGGCAGCCUCGGAGGGCCUUUCUGGGGUCCCACAGUGUGGACGAGAGCCAGGCGGAUGACGGCAACGCUCGGCCAGCCUGUCCCCCCGCAGAGCCGGCCUUCAGCUCCUUCGACGCCUGGCCUGGCCUCUCCGGGCACGACCUGAACUGCCCCGAGGCCAUGCACGCGGUCCUGGAGGCGCGGCAGCUGGAGGGUCUCCGCACCGUGCACGCCCGGCUCCAGGCCCGACUCCUGGGGGGCCACCCGGGCCCCUGCCACCCCGGCCAUGGCUUCCGCCUCCUGGACAGCUCGCCCUACGUGGAGAGUGGGGAUGCCCUCUACUACCGCAUGGUGCGGAUGAGCAAUGGGGCCUGGCACCUCCUGGCGGCCAAGGUGUCCAAGCCGGGACCCGAGGAGCCUCGCCCGUGGGGCCUGGAGCUGCAGGCCUCGCUGCCCCCGCACUUCAACCUUCAGGGGCUGUGCGGCUCGGUGCCCGAGGGCGCCCUGCCCGACGUGCCCUGGACGGGCCCCGCGGUGCUGGCGGCCGAGGUGCCGGAGCGCACGCUGACCCAGUGGCUGGCGGAGGUGGGCACGCGGAAGCGGCCGGCGGAGCUGGCCUGGGUGGCGGCCCUGCUGCUGCUGCAGCUGAGCGCGGCCCUGGAGCAGCUGGAGGCGCGCGGCGCGGCCCUGGCGGAGCUGCGGCCCGAGAACCUGCUGCUGGCGGCGCCCCGAGGCUGCGCGGCCGCCGGGCCCCCGCGCCUGCUGCUGGCCGACUUCGGCCGCGUCCGCCCGCAGCCCCCGGGCGCCCCGUGCGCCCACGCGCCUCAGCUGGGCCGCCUGCUCCGCACGCUCCUCGGCCUCGCCGCGCCCUCGGCCACGCCCUUGGCCGGCGGCCUGGAGGCCCUGGCGGCCCGGCUGGCCUGCGCCCGGCCGUCGGCGGCCCAGACGCGCGGCGCGCUGCAGGCGCUGCUCUGGGGGCCCGGGCCCGAGCUGCACCGCCAGGGGGCGCCGCUGGGGCGCUGGCUGCAGGUGCGCCGCGCGGGGCUGGUCCUGCACCUGGCCGAGCGCGCCUCCGGGGGCGAGGCGCCCGGCCUGGAGGACUGGCUGUACUGCGAGUACCUGGCCGAGGCCACCGAGGCCUCGCUGGGCCACGCCCUGGCACUGCUGUGGGACUGACGCCUCCAGGGGCCCCGUGCCUGUCUGUCCCGGGGGUGAGGGCCAGGGGGCACUGCGGGAACGUGGGCGCCUCCUCUCCAUGCAGGAGACUUGAGCCCGAGUCAUCCCCCAGGCAGGCAGGGGGCUGACGGCCAUGGCCUCCGGAAGCUCCCUGAUGCCGGGCCGGCCCGGCCCUCCUCCGGUGUGGACACUCGCUGGCCACCGUCUCUGCGGGAGUGUGGGUCCCCUCCGCCCGCCUUCCAGCAGAGGUGAGGACGCCCUCUAGUGCUGGAGUCUGAUGGUCACUGUCUUCGUGAGAAGGUGGCCACUGUCCCUCCGACGGCGACGGCGUAGCAGAGGCGUCUCUGGGCCUGGAGCACCCCCUUGUGCCGAGGACGUGUGUGAACGUCCUUGUCAAGAACGGCUUGGGGUCUCGGGGGGAGGGAAAGCUCCCAGAGCCUGAGACCCCAGACCACCGGCAAAGCCCACCGCAGAGGAAUCUGAACUCGCCUGCCCCGCCUGCCCCGCCGCCCCUCUGCACCCGCCGCCCAGCACCCCCUCUGCACGUCCCCCGGCCCUCUCGCAGGCGCUCCGGGAAAUUAAGUCCUGUCCAGCCACCAAGCCUCUCGCUGGGCUGUCCCCUCUGCCAGACCGUCCAAAUGUCACCUCCUCUAAAUAAAGUUGCCCCUCCUGA